AUGGCGGGGUCAUGGAGGCAAUUAAGAGAAAAAGUAAGCAAUUUGAAUUUCUAUUUCCAUGACACAGUUUCGGGACAAAACGUGACGGCUGUGCAGGUGGCGUCCGCUCCAUCGACCAAUGCUUCCUCCACUUUCUUCGGAACUGUAAUGGUGAUUGACGAUCUGUUGACGGAAGGCCCUGACCUCACCUCCAAAUUGUUGGGCAGAGCUCAGGGAUUAUAUGCAAUGACCAGUCAAGAGGAUAUUCAACUGCUAAUGGCGGUCACUUAUGUUUUUCAGAGUGGGGAGUUUAACGGAAGCACACUCGCCGUGGUGGGUCACAACGCUGUGUUUAAUAAGGUCAGGGAGAUGCCAAUUGUGGGAGGAAGUGGGAAAUUUAGGCUGGCUCGAGGGUAUGCCCUCGCUCACACAUACUCGUUCGACCUCACCACUGGCAAUGCAAUCGUCCAUUAUAAUGCCACUGUGCUUCAUUACUAG